AUGGCAACUAGGAGUCAUUCAAGCUUCCAAUUUUCUGCAUUUCCAGUGACAAUGUUGGCACAUUUGUUAGCCAUAGCAGGCACAACCCUUGUACUUGUUUGGCUCCUACACUUCCAGGGUGGCUUUGCCUUCAAGUCAGACAACAAACAGAAGAUUUUCAAUUUGCAUCCACUUCUAAUGGUAGUUGGAUAUCUAAUACCAAUAGGAGAAGUUAUCAUGGUAUACAAGACGGUCCCAGGAACGAGAAAGGUGCAGAAAAUUUUCCACCUGACACUGCAUUUCAUAGCUCUUCUUGCUGGAAUUUUGGGGAUAUAUGCAGUUUUCAAGUUCCACCAUGAGCUCGGAAUCCCGGAUAUGUAUAGUCUGCAUUCCUGGCUUGGCAUGUCCACCAUCGGCUUAUUUGGCUUGCAGUGGCUAUCUGCUUUCUUCUUUUUCUUGUGGCCUAGGGCAGAAAUGCCUGCAAGGGCAAGUCUCGCUCCAUGGCACUUUUUUAUUGGCGCGGUCAUCUUCCUCAUGGCAAUAUUGACAGCAGAGACAGGUUUGGUGGAGAAAUUCUCAUUCCUAGGCCUGCGGCGCAGCCAAGAAGCACUCAUAAUGAACUUCACUGGGCUGUUAAUACUCCUCUUUGGAGUAUCAGUUGGCCUCACUGUUCUACUUCCUGGUAAUUGGAUAGGCUGAGAUCUUGUCUUAUGUUCAGGGAAGUGUUUAGCAAUCUGUUAAAGUAGAAAGAUUGUGCAUCUUGCAGAAAGAUGUUCAUGUACUAUAAAUUAGCAGUUGAAAUUAAGGAUAAUUUGCUUAGUAAUGUUGAUUAGACAAUGUAUAGCCAAGGUAUGACGACAACGACAACCAAGUUUUUUCCCAAUUAUUUGAAGUUUGCUAAAUGAAUCAUGUUUCCAUUGUGCUCUA